AUGGCAACCCGUCUCCUUCGUCGGAAUAUCAAGAUCCUUGUGAUCAACGCCAACUCGUCGGAGGACAUGACGAGGGGUAUGGAGAAAGCCAUACAAGCAAUGCCCUUGCACGAUUCGCUAGAAAUUCACACCUACACAGCACCACCUGCCAGUCCAGCAAGCAUCAACGAUGAUGCCGACAUUAAACUGAGUACCGAGGUCGUCAUGAACGAUCUCGCCAAGAGCGGCAAGCUCCAGGACUACGACGGCGUACUUGUCGCAUGCUACAGCGUCCACACCUUGGUUGAGCAGCUUUCUCAGCAGUUCCACUCAACUCUCGCCGUCACCGGUAUCUUCGAGACCAGCAUCCUGACUGCGACCUCACUCUUGCCUCACAGCUCUGAUCCUUCGCUCGCAUCCAAAUGGGGUGUUGUCACGACUGGCGAGUUCUGGGAGAAGCACCUCAGCCAAGGCGUGAAGGGCUACCUGGGUCAGUCUGAGCAAUCAGAGAAUGUCAAGUUCGGGGGCGUUGCGUCAACCGGCUUGACAGCUGGAGACUUUCACCACGUCAGCCCGGCGGAAGUCAGGGUUAAACUGGAGCAAGCUACCAAGAAGCUGCUCAGUAGCGGAGAUGUGCGCUGUGUGGUUAUGGGAUGUGCCGGUAUGGCCGGGCUCGAGGAGAUUAUUCGCAGCUCAGCCAACGACGUCUAUGGUCCAGAGAAGGGCAGCCAAGUCUUCAUCGUGGAUGGUGUCAAAGCUGGUAUCUUGCAGCUCGAGCAAACAGUCAGAAGCAGACGCCUGUUCCAAAGCUAG